GCGCAGUUCGAAGGCGCGGGCCGGGGGUGUCUCACGCGCCGCAGCCGUUGGCGGGCGGGAGCGAGCGAGCGUCUCCUCAGCGCCGGCCUCUCGGGUGUCGGGUCUGCGGGGACCCCGGGGCUCUGGGGGCGGGCGCGGCCGCGGCUGCGGGCUCCUCUCGGCUCCUCUCCUCUCCUCUCCUCGGGCGUGCGUUGUGCUGCCGGGCCGAUGCCUGGCACCUGUGAGCCUCGACCCGUGUCUUGGGGCGGGGUGGGACAGCGCCGGCUCGUCUGACGAGUCGCGUUUUCCAGCCGUUACCUUGUGAGAUUGGAGGCUAGGAGCAAAGCAACGGGAACGCGGAACCCCACCAGUUCGUUUCUCGCAAACUCUUGAAUGCUCUUUCCCGGCCCUUCCUGUGGCAGCUUAGAAGCGAAUGCUUAGCGGUGUAUACGGGCAGUAAUAUUGAUUCUGAGAAAUGGAUAACAGCAUUUGUCAAGUUUAUGAAGAUGAAAUCCAGUCACUGGAAGAAGAAAUUAAGCUAUUGACUGAAAAGUAUGAAGAUAGCCAACAAGAAUCCACCUUUUUUUCUGAUGAGGAGAUAUUAAUGGCAAUAAAAUCAUUCCAAAGAGAAUCUGAGAGACGUGAAUCUUUAUCAGACCUUAUAGCUCAACUUGAAAGUCUAGAAACAGAUCUCUCAUUUUUAAAGAAAUUUACUGGUAUUCAGUUCACAAGUCAUUUCAAGAAAACAGUGGAAAAAACUACAAACAGAACAGUGCGGAAGCACAGAUUAUCAGGGAAUUGCUAUUCCCUGUCUUUUCAAUUGGAAUUCCAGCUUCUUGAAAUGCAGAACAAAGAGAAUGUGUCUGCUGUUGUUACUGAUCUCGGGAUUAUAAUGGAAUCUGGAGAAGAUGCAGAUAUGAGCAAGUUUGUAUCAAGUACUGAAGAACAUGGAAAUCUCUUAAGAUUUUUCAGAAGCCUUUCAUCUUAUGCUGAGUGGUAUGAACAUCGCAGAUGCACCUUCCUACAUUUCAAGGGCAAAUAUCCUGACAUUGUAACCCUUCCGGAAGGACUGCUGGGGGAUUAUAUAAUUCUAAGGAACCCUAAACAUUCUGGGUUUGAAUUAAUGAUUGUCUGGAAGAUACAUAUAGAUGAAGAAGGGAGAACUACACCUGUUCUGGACCUUCUGACUAAAGUACCACAGCAAGUCUUGGAGCAGAACAUGGCAACUAUUGAAAAUGCACCCGCCUGCUUCCGAAGCAUGCUGCUUCUGUUUGGGAUUGAGACAGCUCUCGAGAAUCUGAUCAAAGUGGUUGGCUUGGAAAAAUGAAUAGCAGCAUGACUUACAACAGUAUUUGUACCUUUCUCUCUACCAGGAGUGGAGUAGUAGUAGAAAAGAAAAUGAGCUACACCCUGGCUGGCGAGGGCUGACAGGAGGAGCAGGGAAAGGCAAGAAACAGGUGUCAUGUAACAAACCAACCAAAGCAGCCAGACUUCAUCACACACAACAUAACCAUUGUAGGUAUUUCAAACGAGUGGGGAAUUUAUAUUAGCUCAACCUGGUAUUUUCUUCCUUUUUUUCUUCACCUUCUGAAUUGAUUUUUACCCCUGUCAUUAGGUACAGCACUAAAACUGCUCACUACAAGGUCAUAUUAAAAACACUUAUCUAGCAGUUAUGCAGCUCAGAACUCAUUUUAUAAAUGUCACUAAAACUCCACUGUUUCCAUUCCACAUUGGUAUUAAACAGCAAACAAGAGGCAAAGAUCUGAAUCAUUACAUGAUAACAGUUAACUACUGACAACACUCAAGAAAUUAUUUCUUACCAUUUCUUACUAGCUCCUUAUUGAAAGCACUUGCUUCACAGUAGCUUCUUCCUUGUGAAACGGGAACUGUCUUCAUAUCACCUGCCCUGCAGGCAUCAGUACUACUUAGUAGCGUCAUAGUUAUAACAUGGAUUAGUUCUUUAACAAUUGUCCUUGUACAGUGUGGCCCACUGACCAACCCAUUGGAAGGAAAAAAGAAAGGUUUUAAGUGACAAGCAAGUUCGUUCCAGUCAGACACACAGUCCUGGUCAUCUUUACAGCCAUAAAUUAGCUCCCCAUUCUGCAAAUGAGAAAAAAAAAAAAUUUAGGCACUUCAUGAAAUCCAGUUAUUCAUACUUAGUUAAUCAAAGCAUCAGAUUUAAUAUUUUAAGACACAUAGCACAGAAAAACGUUAUUAACAGUCUGCAUACAAAUACAUGCAUUCCCAAUCUCUUGCAAAUUUGCCCUCUUAAGUUUAAUCAGAUACCACAGGUAACAACCUUUGAAUUAGGACCAAAAAGCCCAUUUAAAUCAAGUGCUACUUUCCCAACUUAAUCAACUGUAGGUAAUUAGAAAAAUAAAAGUGAACUGAUACUUAGCACAUUGUCCUAUCACUUCUUUCUGAAUAAUGUCAAUAGUGAAAAAGCAGCAUGUGAAACAACCUUCUUUAUAGCCAGAUUGGAAAAGGGAAAGCCAUAAAAAGGGACAGAAAAGGUGUGACAUUUACCUGUACUAAUAGAAAAAAUAAGACAGUUCAUACAAGUUUAAGUUAUUCAAAAACUUGGUUUAAUAUUGGAAAUAAAUUGUAAAGAAUCUUAUUUCCUAGAAUUAAUCUGAAAAUCUGCAUAAGCCAUCAGUUACUGCUUUGUAUUUUUCCUACAUUAAUGCCAUAGAAAAGGCAACUUUUUAUUUCCUCAGUGAGGCAUGCUGUGCAUUUGGCCUUCAUGAAUGCUGUAACAGUAAUUGAAAAAAAUACCUGCAGCAACAUGCAAAGUUCUUGAUCUUCUUCCUCCUGAAUAAGCACAUAAAGUUUUAAAACUUUGGUCAUCUUUAAAAGUCCUUUUCUAUUAGUUGUUCCUUGGCAAUUCUUUCAGACUAAUUACUUCUGGGAAAUUAUUACUUACCUGUCUUAACUUAAAAUCUAACUAAGAAUUUUCCUGUUUUCUCCUUUUGGUGGCAUCCAAUAGUGAUGGUGCCGGUUAGGAUCUUGACUGUUCAGAUGCUGAAGUCAAAUUGUUUAAAAGCCAAGACAAAAAAAGCAAGGAGAGAGAUUUGAUUGUUUACCUUAAAUAUUUUCAAGUUGUUCUGUGCCUCCUGUAAUAAGCUCUUCAAAGCAAAGUGCAUUCUCUGUUUAUUUCUAGAGG